AAACCGGACACCAAGGAUGAUCUUUGGCUGCCUUCGAAAGAUUCCAUAAUUAUUUUUCAGUUACAUCCUAACUAGUAGAAGUGAAACACAACUUACCGCCUCUCCUCUGUCUAUUGAUUUUUCUUGUCACGAAAUGGCACGUGAUGGCUCUCCUUCUCCCACUACAUUGACUCCCCAGUCGUCUCUAGAAACGGUGUCUAGCUACAAUACAAGUAAUAACGAAACUGUAAAAUCGCCAUGGAGCCGUCUGCGUCAACGUGUUCACGAGGUGACUGGCCGUUCUAAAAACGAAAGCUCAGGUCGCCACCAGAGAAAAUAUGGCUCACUCCUUAAACUGGCCAAUGAGGAGCGUCGCAACGUCCAUCAAGCACGACGUUGCAACAGCCAAGUACGCCUCAAUGUUAAUGACGAUGGCACGACUGCUUUAUGGCAUGUAAUUCAUCUGUUGGAAGAACGAGUGGAAGUGCUCGAAAAUACCUUAGAAGUGAGCCGAGAACAUAUUUCGAAAACUGAAGAAAAGUACGAGAACCUCCAACGACAAGUCGAAAAGAUCCUUGAAAAAAGAUUACAAAAACCACCGCUAGAUGCUGAUACAGAUCGAGAUUCGGUUAGGGAUAAAAUGAGUCUCUGUUUUGAGCAGAUUCGGAAUAAAGAGUUUCGCCUCAAUCACGUGGAAGCUGCAACAUCAAGACGGACGUCGAGACACAGUAGGAAGUGCGCUGGAUGCGGAAAGAGCACAUUUUAAUUAACUGAUCCUACGCGCUCCGCAUUCCUAAUGAACGUCAAUUCUGUAGCCGCUGUCUUUGCUUAAUGAUGUCGAAAAUUGUUGCUGUGUUUUAUAUGUUAUAUAUACCUAUAUUUUGUUAGAGCCCGCGGAGAAUUGAAAAUUGCUUCGAAAAAAUACACGUUUGUCUUCCCAUUUGUUA